AUGAAGAUCGUGAACAACAUCGCUGUGAUUGGCAUGGCAAUGGCUUGUGUCAAGUCAGCCAUAGCUCAAAAUCUGUCAUACGGAGCGGACAAUUUCUAUCGCAGUGCCAAUGUGACGAAAAACUCAAUCACCUUCCCAAGUCAAUACCAUACAGCGAUCACGGGUAACCUCUUUAUCCCCAACAACAUCGACCGCAAUGCUGCUGCCCCAGCACUUGUCGUCGGCCACCCGAUGGGUGCAGUGAAGGAGCAGAGUGCAAACCUAUACGCCACAAAGCUGGCCGAGCAAGGCUUCGUUACGGUUUCCCUUGACCUGCCAUUUUGGGGCGGCAGCCAGGGUCGACCGCGUAAUGCCGUGUCAGCCGAACUAUACGCAGAGGCAUUCAGUGCAGCAAUCGACUAUCUCGGCUCGCAGAACUUGACAUCGGUGGACCGUGAACGAAUCGGCGGUCUCGGAAUCUGUGGCAGUGGCUCCUUCAUCAUCAGCGCCGCGAAGCUUGAUCCACGCAUCAAGGCCAUCGCAACAUCAUCCAUGUACAACAUGGGCGCCGCGAGCAGAGAUGGACUACAGAAGUCACAGGACCUUGCUGAGCGCAAGGAAAUUAUCGCCAUGGCGGCUCAGCAGCGUUGGAUUGAAGUCGAUGGUGGUAGAACCGAAUACACAGGUGGCACCCCGAACAGACUCACUGUCAAUUCAACCGCCGUGGAGCGUGAGUUCUACGACUACUAUCGUACCUCGCGCGGUGAAGUCACGCCUCGGGGCACAACUGCAAAUCUGACAACGCACCCGACGCUCUCGACCAAUACGAAGUUCAUGAACUUCUACCCCUUCAACGAUAUUGACAGCAUCUCGCCGCGUCCGAUGCUUUUCAUCUCUGGUGACCAGGCACACUCACGCGAGUUUAGCGAAGAUGCCUACGCACGUGCGGGCGAGCCUAAGGAGCUUGUCUGGAUUCCUGGAGCUGGCCAUGUCGACCUUUAUGAUCGCACGGAGCUGAUUCCAUUCGCCAAGCUCACUCGAUUCUUCCAAGAGAAUCUCAGCUAG